CCGUGGUACACAUUCGCGUUCGGUUAAUGUUGUUAAUAUUUUCGUCUGGUUGAGUUAAACACUUCUACGUGAACGUCUAUUUUAAACUCAAUUCAGCAUAGUCUCCUUUGAAUAAGAUGACGACUGCAAUUCAGAGGUGUUCCAAGGCUUUUUUUCAAUCAGCAGUUCUGAAAAAACAUUUUUCAGUUUCUCGUUAUUCUACUGUAAUACCCAAAGAACAGUUUGAACAGAUGGUAAAGAAAAAUAAAGUAGUUGUCUUCAUGAAAGGAGUACCUGAACAACCAAUGUGUGGCUUCAGCAAUGCAGUUGUUCAAAUUUUUAGAAUGCAUGGAGUUACAAAUUAUGAUGCUCACAAUGUGCUGGCAGAUGAGAACAUGCGACAAGGUAUCAAGGAAUUUUCAAACUGGCCCACAAUUCCUCAGAUUUUUAUUGGUGGAGAAUUUGUUGGUGGUUGUGAUAUUUUGUUACAGAUGCACAAGAACGGUGAACUGAUAGAAGAAUUACAGAAAGUAGGAAUCCAAUCGGCCCUAAUUGAACAAGAAGAUAAGAAAGAAUAAAAUUUUUAUUUAAAUUUCUCUUCUGUAUGUGUCAGUCAAUUGAAAUACUAGUUUGUUAUUCCCAGUC